UCAGCGACGAGGAACUGUCUGGUUGCGAAGGUAGUGGCAGUGUUGGUGUUGUACUGGACGAAGCAAGUGUUUCCUUUGGGCUUGCCUGCUGCUACGUUUAGUGGCAUCGCACUGCCGAUUUACCUGUUAAGUUUGGCGCGUAACUAGCCGGCGUUUGAUUACCUUGCUCAAUAAUUCCGUUUCUGCAUGUUAAUACCGUAAACUAGCCCACGGGGUUGAACGUAGCCUUGACUGAGGAGCAUCUUUGACCAUAAGUGGAGCACGAAAUUACGAUGCCAUCCCCGAUGGAGGGAUCUUCCAGAGAAGGUGACCUCUUUACUGUGAAACAUGAGCUGAAAAACGCCAACCUGACGGGCCAUGUAGAGAGGGUGGGCAUUGAAAACUUUGAGCUUUUAAAGGUGCUGGGCACAGGAGCAUACGGCAAGGUGUUCCUGGUGAGGAAAGUGAGUGGCCAUGAUGCGGGGAAGCUGUAUGCCAUGAAGGUUUUGAAGAAGGCCACUAUUGUACAAAAGGCAAAGACAGCUGAGCACACACGGACGGAGCGGCAAGUGCUGGAGCACAUUCGCCAGUCUCCGUUCCUCGUCACACUUCACUACGCCUUUCAGACGGAUACCAAAUUGCACCUGAUACUCGAUUAUGUAAAUGGUGGGGAGCUAUUCACACAUUUGGUGCAAAGAGUGCGAUUUAAGGAGCAAGAAGUAGCCUUGUACAGCGGAGAGAUUGCAUUGGCAUUAGAGCAUCUACACAAGCUUGGGGUUGUCUAUCGGGACCUCAAACUAGAGAAUAUUCUCUUGGAUUCAUGUGGUCAUAUAGUUCUCACAGACUUUGGCCUCAGUAAAGAAUUUGAUCAGAUGGAAAGGGCAUUUUCUGUGUGUGGCACAAUUGAAUAUAUGGCUCCAGAAAUAGUGGAAGGUGGAGAGUCUGGACAUGACAAGGCAGUGGAUUGGUGGAGCCUCGGCGUGUUGAUGUACGAGCUUCUAACUGGUGGAUCACCAUUCACUGUCGACGGGGAUGAGAACUCACACACAGACAUAGCCAAGAGGAUUUUAAAAAAGGACCCUCCUUUCCCCAAAGAUAUGGGACCACUGGCCAAAGACGUGAUCCAGCGGCUCCUCAUCAAAGAUCCAAAGAAGAGAUUGGGCUCGGGUCCUAACGGAGCGGAGAAUGUAAAAAAGCACCCGUUUUACCAGAAAAUUAACUGGGAGGACCUGGCGGCUAAGAAGGUGCCCGCCCCGUUCAAGCCAGUGAUCCGGGACGAGCUGGAUGUCAGCAACUUUGCCGACGAGUUUACAGAGAUGGACCCCACCUACUCCCCUGCAGCUCUGCCUCAAAACUGCGACCGCAUCUUCCAGGGAUACUCUUUCAUGGCCCCCUCCAUCCUGUUCAAGAGGAAUGUGGUGAUGGACGACCAUGUCCAGCUGUGUGGGGGCUCUGAGAGGCCAGGCUCUGCUGCGGUGGCCCGCAGCGCCAUGAUGAAGGAUUCACCUUUCUAUAUGAGUUAUGAGAUGGACUUGAGGGACAGCGCUCUGGGAGAAGGCAGCUUCUCUAUCUGCAGACGCUGCACACACAAGAAGACUGGACAGAAAUACGCAGUCAAGAUUGUCAGCAAGAGGAUGGAGGCACAGACUCAGCGGGAAAUAGCAGCCCUGAAGCUCUGUGAUGGCCACCCUAACAUAGUCAAGCUUCAUGAAAUUUACCAUGACCAGCUCCACACGUACCUGGUCCUGGAGCUGCUCGGUGGAGGGGAGCUGCUGGAGAGGAUCCGCAGAAAGCAACAUUUCAGCGAAACUGAGGCCAGUCGCAUCAUGAGAAAACUGGUGUCGGCAGUCAGUCACAUGCACGACGUAGGAGUGGUGCACAGAGACCUUAAACCGGAGAACCUGCUCUUCACCGACGAGAGUGAGAACUCCGAGAUAAAAAUCAUAGACUUUGGCUUUGCUCGCCUCAAACCGCCAGACAAUCAGCUCCUGAAGACUCCCUGCUUCACGCUGCAGUACGCAGCGCCAGAGAUACUCAAAUACGACGGCUACGAUGAGUCCUGCGACCUGUGGAGUCUGGGGGUCAUUCUGUACACCAUGCUGUCUGGCCAGGUGCCUUUUCAGUGUCAGGAGAAGAGCCUGACUCACACCAGUGCUGAGGAGAUCAUGAAGAAAAUCAAACAGGGCGACUUCUCAUUUGAAAGCGAGGCCUGGAGAAAUGUGUCCCAGCAGGCCAAGGACCUUAUACAAGAGCUGCUGACGGUGGAUCCAAACAAGAGGAUUAAGAUGUGUGGCCUACGCUAUAAUGCCUGGCUGCAGGACGACAGCCAGCUGUCCUCCAACCCGCUCAUGACCCCGGACAUUCUCGGCUCCUCCACCGCCUCCGUCCACACUUACGUCAAAGCUACCUUUAAUGCAUUUAACAAAUGUAAGCGGGAAGGUUUCCGCCUGCAGACGGUCGACAAGGCUCCACUAGCCAAGAGGAGGAAGAUGAAAAAGACAAGUACCAGCACAGAGACCCGCAGCAGCUCCAGCGAGAGCACCCAUUCUUCCUCCUCCUCCUCCCAGUCUCAGGAGAAGUCUUGCGACACCAACCCGCAGCCCUCCAACAGCACGCCUGUCAACACACCCGUGCCGCUGGGAACAGACUCUGAGAACCAACCGGCACACCCAGCCUUUGACUUCUCAGAAGGACAGUGAGGCAGCGAGAGAAAGAAAAAUGGAGAUUCAGAUAGUUUCAUGAACAGCAGGAUGGCCCGGACCAGCGUAGAGACAGCUCUCCUCUUUCUCUCUGUCCCUGGCAGCUCUCUGCCUCUGGCUCAAUUGCAUGGACGUCCGCAAAGUCUCCAAAACCAAGCAUGCAGCAGGAGCAGCAACUGUCACCUCAAUAUCAAUCAAAUCAUCACUAGCAAUAGCCUAUCCUUUCUUUCUCUCUCACUUUCACAUACAGACUGUAUCAAUCAGGGACUGGACCAGGAAGAUGUUGUCACCGGUGUCCAAAAUGAAAAGGGCUGUCCCACUGCCCCAGGUCCAGACAGACAAUGGAGAGACAUCCUUAGUCUCAUCGUGAAUAUCACAGCUCAACCUGUCUUUGUCCAUGCCUCCAGAGGUUUUAAAGGGAAAGUCGUAGUGUUUACACCAUGGAUGCUUUGUAUUUUUAUGUCAAAGGGAGAGAGGAAAUGCAACGUGCAGCAGCGUUAACAUUAUGUGGGUCCACUUCUCUUUUCUGGGAAGUCUCUGCAAGGUGGAGCAGGGUAUUUAUAUAUGUGAAUUUUACAGACUGAAUUUAUUUAUGAUAAGCUAUAUUGUUAACUUAUUUAUGGUUCAGACUGAUCUGAAAAGAAAUAAUGGAUACAGUGAGUCUUUUUAAAAAAAAAAAAAGCAAGACAUUUUGUGUAUGUGUGUAUUUUUCCCUAUCAGCUCUAAAGACUGUUUCCAUGUAGUCUGGUGGUUGUUCUUACAUUUUUCAAGUAAAUUACAGACACACAGUUAUGUAGAUAAUGUAAGAUUAUUUUAGGCAAGAAGAGAUUAUCACCCUUACUGCUUAAUGGUGGCAAAGGGGUUCAGAAUUAUUUAUGGAUUAUUUUGGUUUGAACUGUGUCCCUCGGUCAAAAAAUGUCCUUGUUUAUAAGGAUUAAAGAAGCACCAUCAUUUUGUAGGAACAACCAAAUGUGGAUGUAGUAUGUUCAGCCAAAUCUGUUGAUUUAUUGUUGUACGGGGAGCACUGCUGCCUGUGGGGAUGUGACCCCACAAGAAGAGCUAUAUUUAGAUUUAUUUUUGCCUCUGAUGUGGGAGCAUGACUACUUCGAGGCUCAGCAUCACUGCUGUUCCACAUUCUCUUAUCCUUAAGUCAGUAUAUUUAGCAGCGGAUUUGCCUUGUGUGGUGUAGGACUUAAUUGUCUCAUUGUCGCUACAACCAAUUGGAUUGAGCAGAAUGGCCCAAAUGGAAAAUUCGCAUCAGCUUAGUGUCAAGGUGAACCUGUAAGGACGUUUGUGGUCGAGAGAUCCAAGACGUCAAUGGGCAGCUUCAUGUGGCUUCCUCUCCAGAUGAGAUUAGAUUAUUUUUAAAAUGGAAAGGUCUCUGUGCCAAAAAAUGCAUUAAAUCAGGUGAUGGGUGGUACAUUAAACUCUAUUUUAAUGCAAUAUAGUGCAAAAAUGUUUUUAAAAAUCGACCCUUUAUGAAAAACGUCAAGUUCCUCAAACAAACACUCUUUUCAACUUUUGACACCAUCCCUUGCUCUAUUUGCCAUGUUGUCCUGCAUGACUGAAGCGGUGAUCUUUGCACCGUGUGACAGCUCUCAUUCUGAGGCAGAUAUCUGGUUCGUAGUAAGUCUCCCAGUGCCUGAUGUAAACUGAAUACAUCAGCCUCUUCUUUUUAUUUGUUAUAAUGGGCUUGGCAGAUUCUUACUUGAUUUAAUGUGAGUCUGUUUACUUGCACAUUUUCAAAUAACCCCCGAUUUGAUUCGGGUCCUUGAAGUUAUGCUAUAUGAGGUGUGACUGAUGUAAUCACCCAAACCCCCUUUUUUACAAAAGCCUGAAUAUUGUAAUGUUCUAAUGUUACAAUGCUGGUGUUGGCCAGGAUAGUUAGGCAGGUAAACACCAUGCCCUGUGAAUUGUUUUUUGGUUUUUUUUGUUUUUUGUGCAAGUAUGUGUUAGUCUGUGUCCAUGGUAAUAGUUGAAACAUUGUGUCAAUGUGUACAGGACUAUUUGUGUUCAGUAUGUGAAGCUGACUAGAAAAACAGUUUCUCCAAAUUCUUCGUUGGACUACUGUGUGCAUUGAAAUACACUCCGUCAUCUUCUUCCAUUUGAAUGCACUCUGAAUCUGAACCAAAGCAUUAACUUCAAGGUAGCUGCUCUAAGCUGCAUGAGAUAUUUCCUUUCAUGCAAAUAUGCAAAGAAAUGCUUCAUAUAUCACGAUUUCUGUUUGUUUUAUGUCCAAAUGGUGAACUCUGUGUAGACGUGUCUGAUGAUUAUGUAACUGUGUACAGUGUGUUUCUUCAGAGACUCUUCAUAUGAUCUGUAAUAUCCAUAUCCAGCGCAUUAUCAUGCUUGAAACUAUGCAUCUCUUUUCGCUGUUGUGUUGCUUUUGCCAUUUUGAAAAAGACCUCCACUAAUGGGUCCAAACGUAAUGCUUAGAAGGGCGUAACGUCAUGUACAUAUACUGUAGUGUACUUUUAGUCUCAUGGCAUCGGCCACAAAUAACAAGAGUCUGAUCCAUUGGUGUAUGAAAAGCUGGAAUCCUUGGAGCUAAACACUACAAAGCUCUUGUCUAACUUAGUUCGCAUGAGUUCCCCGUUGCUGCCUCAUUAAGCCUCCUUUCUUUUGUUUGGGUGUAUUAAUAGCUCAAGUGGAGGAAGAGGAAAAGUGUCCUAUAUUGAGCUCCCCUCUGGGAGCCGGGCUCUAUUAGCUGAUGUACUGCAGUGCUGUUUGUUCCAAAGAAAAUACCGUACUCCACUCACUGCCUCUGUGGGACCCAGCUCAUUUGUUUGUAGGGAAAAUAACAGAGUAUCACAGGAAAGGGUUUCUUUAGAACCAACGUCUUUUGUGGCUGAUUUUCAAACUAGGUCUUGCCCCUUUGAUGAACAGUAUUCAGUGUGCUACUAUGAGGAAGAUGGAGGGAGGGAGACUGGUUUAUAUUUGGCGUCCUUUUGUCUGUUUUGUAGGUUGGAUUGAAAUUCGAAUGGAAGUUCCUUUUUUCUUCCUACUGCGCUUCCCCUCUUUGGCUUCCCAAAUGUUAAACUAAACCUUUUAACCUUUUAGCAACAUGAAUAAGAGGGCUCAUGAUUUGAACUGUAUAAACCGGUGUCUACUUGUGGUCUUCCUGUGUGCCUCUGUCCCGUACAGUGCGUGCUUUAGAGACCGAUGUGGGUGCCAAAGCUGAGAGUGAUUGUAUUAUCUCUGAUCUGUGUUCAGUUGUUGGACAGAUGCCGUGGCUGUCGUGGCUCUUUUUGGUCGGUAUGGAUUAUACGGAGCUGUCCACGGUGCUGAAGUGGCCAAACCCCUGGUGACGCUGCAAAAACAAGUGGCUUUGCACAAUGACCUGUAAUAAUGUGAUCCUCUAAAGCAGUGUUUACCAACCAGGACCACUUGUGCGGUUGCCAGGGGAGGGACAAUUUUAAGAAGUAGAAAUUGUGCUAAAGAGGAAAACAAGCCGACAAAUUGGUUUACAAAUGGGCACCAGGCCGGCUUGAACGGGGAAUGACAGAGGGAGCUGUGUGAAGUUUGGUAAGUUGCCUCGAGUGAUGUCAAUUGAGUCAGCGUUGGUUGUUCCAGAACUACCAGACUUCUGUAGCACACUCUGUAGUUGCUCAACGCUGCGAUAGGUGCAUCUCGAACUGUCGCUGUUUAAGUCGCUCUGUUGCGUAGGUCCUGAAAGAAAGUGCGAGUCAAAAUAAGAGUUUAUCUUUGCAGCAUCAGUUUUUCUAAACAGUCAGUCAUGACUCAGAUGAUGGUAUAGGAGUGUAAGUUAAAUCAGUGGAGUCCUCUUUACAAUUUUCACUGAACUGCAAGUUACAAUACGGUGACUGUGGAUGAAACAGCUUUGUGUUCAGUUUGAUAAAAAGGAAUAUUGUUAAAUUACGUGCAGAUUUAUAUACACUUUUGUAAGACUAUAAGCCUAAGAAAUAGGUUCCCAGUUUACAGUGUGGUGAGUGGAUUAUGUAAAAAUAAAAAUACAGUAUACAUAAUUUUUCCAUUCUGGGAGUAUCACAAACAGCUGUUUCAUUGAUCAUCAUGCUACGGCAGGGUCACAUUAAAUUAAACCCAGAUAAAACUCAGUGUAAGAAAAUGCUUGUAUGUGUUUUUGGAAUUUGUGUGUACUGCCCCUUUAAUGAUCCAAACCAGUACCGCUUCCAAAGAGGGACAUGAUCAGCUACAGAAUGGCACUGUUGUCUUUCUCAGAAACACUUAAGCAUGUCGACAGCUGGGACUUUGUGUUUUAUUGGAAUUUAUGAGGUUGACUGUUGUCAACAGGGAUUAAAGCCAAAUGAACAGGCUGUAGCAUUUUGUUUUUGUCGGGGGAAACGUCGAUGCUUUUCGCCCACACGAGUUGUCACAAGGGAUGUCAUGCAGUGCUCAUGCCAGCCUGCAACUUAAGGCAACAUCAUCAUCAUCAUCCUCAUCCGCAUUCUCACCAUCAUGCAUGUGCUACUGCUCGGUUCCUGUCAGUGUUUUCAAUGAUUCCUGUCACAUCCUGGUCAUGUUGUGACUAAGGCGUGUCAAAAAGUACUGUAGCAGUGAAUCCCUUUUGAGAUUGGUCAGUAUUAAAACUGUUUCAAAACACGCAAUCAAGCUUUAAGGGCAACACUUUGCACUUGUAUGUUAUUUUAGUCAUGCAAUUGAUCUUUUUUUGUUUUGUUUUGUAAAAGAAGAAAAACUGUCCCUUUUGUUUGACUUUGUGCAGGAUCAGAUGUUUCAGCUUGUCCACCCGUCGGUCUGUGUUGGUGGCUUUUGUCCAACAUUUCUAAGACGAUGCUAAAAUAUGAACCUCAACACCGGAUAGUACUUGUACUGCAAGGAAUACACCAUGUGCAUACCUGCUUUUUUUAGGGCACUGUGAACAUCAUUCAGGUCUUUAGGCACACCAUUCUGAGGAAAAAAAAAAACCUUGAUUUGCUUCAAUAAAUGCUUUACUUGCUGGCUGUAUACACCUGUACAUUUAAUAACCUGAUACCGGCCAUGAUGAGUCUUUUAACGACCCCUUGGCGUCAUUGUAUUUUCAAGUUGUAUCUACGUCAUUACUGAAGCUAUUUUGUGAUACCUGGAUUUGUGUGUAUAAGUUGUCAGAAGGACAAUAAAUGUACGAUUUCCUGUUCA